GCACAAAGCGAGGUCCUCGACAAGUAACACAGGCAUGUCGCCAAAAUCAUCGCCGCCCAAUCACCAGCAUACCGGCUCUAUCCUUCGGGUACCGUAAGCUUGUCACACUCUGCUUAUUAUUGAUGCAGAUCAACCGGGUACUCACAAAACAACCCUCAAGUAUAAGUUACCUACGCCAAUUGUGGGUACAUGUCACGAAAACACAGGCAGGUUCGUGACCAAUUCAUGCUCAGCUCGUAAAGUUGUUCGGAUCCAAGCUAUGCCGCAUAGAGUCGCAAGGGAGUGGACAGGAUACAGCAUCCUUCUGACUCCAUGCCGGCUCAAUAUACAUGGGUUGCAAUAGGCGCGGAAUACCCACCGUCACAGCGGUACAUAACUCCAGGAGUGGAGAAGAUGACGAGAUUUGUUGUGUUCUCCACGGCCUCGGGCUUCAUUCAGUAAGCGGCGCCGGAACUCUAGAUUCUUCUGUGCCAAUAUUACACCUCGCAGGCGCCUAGAACUAUCACGUUAGCAUUCUCGCUGAUGCGGUCACGGUGUGAUUAUGUUGCCUACAUUUUGGGUGAAAUUAGCUGUGACAGAGAACGUGAUUUUAGGAGUUGUGUAAUCUCAUCAGAGCAGACCUAGGCAAGGCGCUUAUAUCAAAUAUAGUAACAUUCCUGCUGUACACCAUCUUCAUCAGGACAUCUGUUAUCUCUACCCUCCCAAACUAUGUCUCAACCUAUGUUGCUAGACACUUCAGCCACCGAGAGCGUUCAGCUCUACAGCAUUCGGAAGUCGGGGCUUCUGAACUUGAAAGAGUCUAUCAUCGCAGGCCUACAGGCCACUCCUAAGACCUUGCCAUCUCUCCUACUCUGGGAUGAUCAAGGUCUGCAAAACUUUGACGCUUGGACUCAGGCCCCUGACUACUACCCUAAGCGUUGUGAAUGGGAAAUUUUGACAAACUACCAGCAAGAUAUAGCCUCUCAAUUGCCAACAGGAUCUAUCAUCAUAGAACUGGGUUGCGGAAAUCUCGGUAAGACAGCAUGGCUGUUAGCCGCAAUAGAGCGCCAACAACGUAAGGUGCAUUAUUAUGCUCUUGAUGUAUCAGACGAUGCUCUGUAUAAAAAUCUUGGGAACCUCAAGACGCAGUUCGCCAACUCAGAAUGCAUCAGCAUAUCUGGGCUCAAGGGAACCUACGAUGAUUGCGCGGAAUGGCUCGCGGGCUCCGCUCAGCUUCCAGGCUCUACUGUGACUUUCUUAUGGCUAGGCAAUAGCAUUGCUAACCUCACCAAACUAGAGGCAAGCCUAUUAAUAGGCCAGUUUCGUCAGGCUUGUCGCAAGAUGUCGCUUGACUGCAACUUCUUGAUUUCCGCUGACUCAUGCGCUGUUCGAGAGAGCAUUCUCAAGGCCUACGACCCUAAUGAUGGCCCAUCACGAAAAUUCCUCCUUCACGGCCUUCAUCAUGCGAAUCGCUUAUUGGGGCGUGAAGUUUUCAAAGAAGCUGAAUGGGAAGCUGUCCCUACGUGGGAUGAAGAUCAACAUGAACUUCACUACAGUUAUGUUCCGAAUGUUGAUGUACAAUUUGAUCACGAUCAGAUACAAGUCUCCAUAAAGAAAGGAGAGCCGAUCCAUUACUUUAUGUCAGGAAAGUGGACGGAGCCACACGUAAACUCGAUCGCGGAGAAAGCUGGACUGAAAGUAGGCAGCGUAUGGAAGGACACGCAAGAACAAUACUGCUUCUACCUUCUUCACAACAAAUCAUAUUCGAUAGGUACAGAUGGUGGUAAAAGUCAACGAGCGUUAAUCUAG